UCUUCACUCCCUCUCCCUCUUUGUACCCUCUCCCUCUCUUUCUCCAGAUUCAGGAGAGUAAUGGAACCACACGCGCAUAUCGCUGAAGCAUCAUCUGGAGGGGACGCGACAUUCGAUGGUAGGGAGAACGAAGCUAUAAAGAGAACCCGGCACGAACUGGCGCUAGAGUAGUGUGUGUGUACGCGGUUGGCGAAUAGGUAGUGAAGCGGGAUACUGCCACAAUAAACUAGAGAGAGCGCACGUAAGGUUGGUGUAGAAGCAACUAUAAACAGGAGAGGGGGAGCCGCUAAAAGGGUACCAUAAUUCGCCGGACCGCCCCUUGGUUAAAUCAGUUUCGUUCCUAGUUCGCGGUGUUCGACAUCAGCCGGAGGAGAGAAAGACAAUAGUGGUGUGUGCGCGUCUUUUUUAUUUACAUACUCGCCUCCGGUUGGUCUCCCGUAAACUUUCGUUACGUGACUUACACGUGAGAGGAGGGUGGGGGAGGUGGUGCGCGCGUUUUGAAACAAUUCAUUGAUCUUUACACCGAGCGCGUCGCGCGUGGUUUCGUACGUUCGUACGUCGCGCAUCUGAGCGACACGCGACACGCGACGUAUGUCGUCUCGCGCGCGAGAGAAAGAGAAAAAGAGAGAAAGCGGAGCUUUGCAGUGUCGAACGCGCCUAAUAGGCGAGAAAAUGAAGAGGAACACAGUGAUUUAUCCGUAGAUUCGCAUCACUUUACCAUUUCGUCCAUCAUUCACAGUUGGUGUCAGUUCUUAAUUACACACGCUUUGCUCCUCGGAACCUCGUCAGCCAGUUAUCACGUAUCAUUCGAACUCUAAAGCCACCGAGGAAUCACUUUUUAUUUUCAUUUCCUAGUGGAAUUACAAAAGGAUAAAGUGAAGGAGAAAAGAGAAUGCGCAGCAGCACGAAGUAAUGUGGAAACGGAAAAAAUAAAUAAAAAGAAGAAAAUAAAGGUAAAAGACGGAUGAAGAAUAAAACAAAGUGCUUCUAUUGUUAGUAUACGAAAAAACGGAAAAAUAUUGCAUGGUUUGUAAACAAUGGAUGCCGAAACUAACGCCUUCAUCGUGAUGCGGUAGUGCAUUGCAACGUUACAUGACUGAAUCAUACGUCACUAUUGUAACAGAGCUGAAGGACAAAGAGUGCAAGUACUUUGAUAUGCGUGAAAAAAGGAUACAGCCCAAUCUCCAAGGAAAAGUUAAAUACCAAGAGAGAAAAAGAGAACAAGGGAAAAUACUGUGGGAUUUUCUGUUAAAACAAUGACGGAUGGUCGCUUCAUCAGAUCUGACCAAUCGUGACAGGCGACGAGGGUGUUUGAGGGUGGAGUACCGAGGAGUGAACACGAUAGCACCGCGGGUCGUGAGUCCUGAGGGGACGGACGCCAUGGCGGCCUCUUCGUCCUCAUCGAGCGGCGGCGAGCAGCAGUACUCGCUUAGGUGGAACGACUUCCACUUUAGCAUUCUCAACUCAUUCCGGAGUCUGAGAGACCACCAAGACUUCGUCGACGUCACGCUUGCCUGCGACAGCUGCACCUUCACCGCGCACAAAGUCGUUCUUUCGGCAUGCAGUCCAUACUUCCGCGACUUGCUCAAGGCGAAUCCAUGUCAGCAUCCAAUUGUAAUCUUGAGGGACGUAGCAUCUUCGGACAUGGAGUCCUUGCUGCGCUUCAUGUAUAACGGAGAAGUGCACGUGGGUCAGGAGCAGCUGCCUGCCUUCUUGAAGACAGCGCAGAUGCUUCAGGUACGGGGAUUGGCGGACGUUAACAGCGGUGCUUCCAAUGCGAAAAUUCCACCGCCGUCGACGUCGGCCGGCAACAACGGUAGCGCGCCUGCAACACCACGUAAUCCUUGGCAGGACAAUGGCAGAGGAGACCUUAAUGAAAGUGAUAUGAGCCCUCCGGCAAAACGACCGAGAAGUUGCAGUCCGCCAUUGGGCAACCACAUCGAACAGAAAUCGGAUCUUCAAGAAUCCUUGCUGGGUCAAGCUCUAGAAGGUGGACCCACGAUACAUACGAUACCCACGAAUAAUGUACAGUCGACUGGGGAGGAUUCGAAUUCUAUGUCGGAAAAUGAAGAGGACAUAUCGAAUAACGGCAGCAUUCUGAACACGGUGAAGACUGAACCGAGUGAUAUUCUAAAUGACUCUAUCGAACAUCAUCGCAACAGUUUUCCUGCGGCAUUAUUGGGCAUUCAAGGGAUAGGCUUACCAGGACCAUCAGGUAUGCAUCAGGUGGCAAAUCAGGAUCCUAAUUAUGGGCGGUGGCAGCCCUCUGGAGGAGAUGGUUCAAGCUCGAGUUCCGCUUGGCUGCCGGGUACGUCCUCCACGAAGAACGAGCACGCCGGGUCUGGAACCUACCAGAGUGGCGGGGGUCACAACUCGAAAGGGCAGGAUUUCUCGACCCUACUUCAGCAUCAUCAUCAUCAUCAGCAUCAUCAUCAUCAUCAUACCACCAGCCAACAGUCGUCGCAGCAACACACCCUUAAUGCUCUCAACUCCCUCAACAGCCUGAACACUGAGCAACUCACGAUGAUGCAUCAAAAAUUGCAGAAUAAUCUCCAAAGUCUUCAGCAGAACACUGCUGCCAAGGGCGACCAACUGAAUCUGAUGCUGCAAUCUUGCGCAAAAGAUAAAAUUGAGAGUAUUGCGAUGCUGCAUCAGCAAACUCAGAGACGGUAUCAGCAGCAGAUGGAUAAUGCCAAUCAUAAUGGUAAACCCAAGUGUCCCGAAUGCGGCAAAAUGUAUUCAAAUAAUUCCAAUUUGAAGCAACACAUUGUCAACGUUCAUACCGUACAGACCGAAUACAUUUCGUGUCAUGUGUGCAGCAAGCAAUUCAAGACCAAGCAGUAUCUACAGAUUCACUUGCUUUCCAUGCACGGUAUCAGAAAGCGAAAGAGUUAUCCUCUGUAUCAGAUGCAGACACAUAUGCAACCUCAACAGCAACCUGCUUUGCAGCCUACUUCGCAAGUUUCCGCGAGUCAACAACAACAACAACAAUAUUCCACGUCGGAAAGAUGGUCUGAAGACAAACAGUGAUUUGGAAAUAGCCCAGUGAUUUGGAUAUAGUCCAGAGUAAAGAAAUCGAUUUUAAUUUAUACCUGUAUGCAAAGAAUCCUGAAGAAACCUUUUGACACCAAGGCGUUUUGAAUGAUUUGUGAUAAAGACAGACAGUGAUAAAGACAAAACUGUUAGGUGAUUCUCGUGAGACUGACAAUUUUAUAGUGACAUAUUUUAUUAUCAUACUAUGAAAGAUUCAAAUGUGCAAAAUACACGUGUAUCUCUGCACGUUAUGGAGAUGUGUGCUCGUGUCUUUUAGCGAAAGUGAGUUGAUGACAUAUAAUCGCAGAUGUAGUGUGAUUACAUAUAUAUAUAUAUAUAUAUAUAUAUAUAUAUAUAUAUAUAGGUUUUCUCUGUGCGAUGCGCUAGAGGAAGGUGUGUAUAUUCAACAUAGACUAAAAUGUUAUUUUGAUAAUGGAACAUCGAAUGAAGUCAAAAGUACACACAACAUACAGUUCAAUAAUAAUAUAUAAAUAUAUACAGACAAUAGAAUAAUAUUUUAUAUUUUAAUUUGGGACGACCUCAUAAUUAGUUUAUUUCGAUUAACAAAGUCAAACUCUGUGACGAGGAGUUUUUGUUCCGAUUUUUAUAUUGUUAUUUAAAUUUUUAUUAUUAUAUUUUCUUAUGUGUAUAUAUACAUAUGUAGCUCUAAAGAAAAAAUAGAAAUUUAUGUCAAGAUAUAAGAAAGUUUUUUGCAAGAAUCUCUUUUGUAAGUUUAGUUAUACUGAAGAAAUUUAAUAAAAAUUAAUACUUGAUACACUUUUAUAAGACUAAUGAAAAUUGUUAUUUGCGAUCACGAAACAAGUUUAAUUUAUAAAUACAUUAACUAUGCUUUUUUAUAUGUUGUAAUAUAUCUUUGGAGUAAUAUCUUUAAAGUUACAUUGCAUAAUUAAUUGCAAAAAGCGUAAAUUUAUAUUUACAAUUUUGCAUCUGUUAGUUGAGGCAUUAAUUAUUAAUGCGUAGCACUUUAGACAACUUUAUUAUAUAUUCCGCCUCCCUCUCAGCGCAUCGGUGGUACUUAAGUUUGAGAUUGAGUGCGCGUCGAAAAGACCGCGCCCUAAACGAUCGAAGCUCACUCGCAAAUAUCCGUUUUUUUAAAGCUUGGAUAAGGAUGCGGAGGUGUCGAUAGAUAGAUGUUGGCAAAAGAGGGUGCUGGUACACGAGAAUUGGCCGACCUAUUUUCGUACCCAUACCGCAGUGCGCAGUUCACCCUUCGCGAUGAUGAUAAGCAUGCCUCCUCCAUUGGUUGGGAGAGAAAGAACGGGGGAGGGGGGGGGGGAUGUACAUAGAUAAGACUACUAGAAAAAGAUACACAGAGAAACAAAAAAUGUUUUCAUAUUUUAUGGAAUUCGUCGCGUUAUAAUUAGCAUGUAUUAAGUAAGGUGAUAUGACCAGCUUAGUUUCUCGAAAAAAUAGACUUAUAUCGUGAAGCCAUUCUUUUACAGUAUAUUCUUUGUAGGAUUGGUUUUAUGGAAGAACUAGAACGUGAAAGAUUACGUAGAAAUGGAUAGAAAAGUCUGAGAUACGAAUUCCUUUAAAGAAUGUGAUUAAUUUUAUCUUGCUCGUGCAUUGUUUCUUUUCUUUUCUGAAAAACAUUUUUUGAAAUUCUUGUGAAGAAGUUUUUUUUAACUUUUAUAUAUAAAGUAUAUAUAUUGAUGAGAAUUCCAACAAAAAUUUUUAUAAAAAUGUCGAUCUCACCUAUUAAAAAAAAAAAGAAAAAUUAAAAAGUAUAUAUUUAGAAUCGUGAAAAAAAAGAAAAAAAUUAAUUAAUUUUUAGACAUAAAAAUAAAACUUGCUAAGCUUUCGGAAGCGGGAGUAGAGUACAGCAAUCUCAUGAUAUCAAUCAUAAUUGGCAUGACUGUUAUAUGUAUAUCUACAGAUACAUAUAUCUUAAUGAUGGCAUGGUUAAUUAUUUGAUUUUUUUCGUUAUUACACAUGCUGCCUCAAUUUACUUUAUAGAGAAAAACAAACGGAUAAUGAGCACAAAUUGUAAUUUUUUUAAAAACGAAAAGCUUGGCAAACAGUAUCGUAAAAAAUCCGGAAUCAAUCGGCGCAGCAUCUCACCUCGCCUCUCGCAAUGUGAUAUCGGGAACAUGCAUAUGUACGUGUGUCACGCGUGCUAUCGUCCGCAAUAUUACGAGGGACAAAGAGAUAGGGUACGUCGUAUUGAUCUCGAGGAUUCAACAAACAGCACCUAGUACCUCCCGUUCGUUCCUCUCUAACUCUAUCUUGCUUCUCCACCCAGUGCCAGUCCCGCUCCUCACCCUUCCGUUUUCUCUUUCCUUCGUCGAUAUCUCUCCCUGUCUCUCAUCAUGUUCCAUACCAUUCGAUUUGGCCUCGCGUAUAUAGGGGUUUGAUGAGGGCAAGCAACCCUGCUCGGACGAUAAUCGCAAUUCCAUUGUCGGGCUUUCGAUCGCCGUCGGUCUCAUUUUGAUGAUACUUCGCGUAAAGAUUCGUCUCCUUUCGUACCUUCAAUACAACAGCAAAUAAGGCUGACGAAUCGUAUCUAGAAUAAAUUGCAUUUGCGAGAUUUAAAUCAUUUUAUCAUUAUUUUAUUAUCAUCUUGUGAGCAACACAUAGCACUAGAAAAAAAAAAAAAAAAAAACAGCGACAAUUAUGAUGAUUAUAAUAACAGUUUAUAAAUGUUUUGAAAAUUUUGCUAUUAAAAGAUAAAAUAUCAGUCUAUUUUUUUAUAUGGCUAAAAAAAAUAGGAGUUAUUAAAUUUUUGCAUACUUUAAAGAUCAAAGCAAUAUACAUAUCAUUGAUAAUAUAUAUUACCUUAUAAACUCUUGGUAAAUUAAUCCAAAAUUUUAGAUAACUCCAUUAAACAGCAUUUCAGUUUCUAAAUCAAUUCACGCAGCAGUUAAACGGUUUCCUAGAAGACACUAACGGUGGAAAUUUACGCGGAGUGUAAUUUAGUAAUUCGCGAAAAGUAAGGGAUCUCGAAGGGAAUAUUAAUUUAACUAGCAAAGCCAUUUCAACCCAUCGAUCCAGCGACGCUUGUUAACAGCCGCGAGUGCCGGUCUCGGACUAGCAGAUUGCCGAUUUCCGCGCAGACGGGCGACCGAACGAGCGAGCGAGCGAGCUUGCGAGCAAGCAAGAGGAAGUUUGCCAAGACACGCGAUGGUCGGGUCUAUGACCAUCGACCACGCGAUGCCACAGUUGCGUUCACCCUCGUUGCGAAUCCCUGACAAAACAAACCCUGUCUGCUUAUCCAAUUCCGCGGUGUUUCCACGAAUUUCUUCCAUCUCGUGCUUCGUGCCAACCCUCGACGCAACGCAACCCCCGCAAAUGGAGGAAGAGCUUCGCAUUUGUUUCCGACAACCCUUGUCCCUUCUGUCUUCUCAUCCACGCGCGUUCUUCUUACUCAAACUCCCUCUAUUUCUCUUCCUCUAUUUUGUCGUGUUUUUUUUAUUUCGUACUGUCGGCAUAAAGUUUCAUCACUUACAUGUGCAGCUUCGCUUUAAAAGCACUCACUUGGCACUCCAUUCGACAUGGGCGCUCCUGGGAAUACGAUCAACUUCCGUUUUUGGACAUAUAGUAACUGAAGAUUAUGAGACUAUUUUUUAAAAAUGCUUUGUCUCUUUUUUACACAUGUCAUUUUAUUUUUUUACAUUUAGUUUUUAUCAGAAAUUAAAUGUCCAUAUUUAGUUUGUAGAAAUUUCUAUUUUUUAUUUGUCUUUUAUUUUUGUUUGUUUUAUUCUGAGCACUUUAAAAAAUUUAAUAAUUUUUGUUUUAAAAAAAGAACUGAAUCAAUAAUAAAAUAAUAUCUGUCAAUAGCUUUUAUCAUAGCUUCUUCCAAUUUUUAACACACUUAAUUAAAGAAAAGUUAAUUAAUUAAAUAAUUAAUACAUAUAUAUAAAUAUAUUUAUUAGAAAGCAAAAUAAAUUUGUUUAUCUAUCUUAGUGAAAAAUUUUUGUUGAGAUUUACUUUAAGGCUAUAAAGAGGAUAUAGAUGUACUUAUGCGAUGUACGACUGCAAUGUGAAUUUCGAUCAAAUUGCAAUUCUUCCAAGCCAAUGGCCUGUGAGAAAAUCGUUGGUUGUGAAAUCAUUUAUAAUGCACAAUUCCAGGGAUAUUAAAUC